UUGCCAUAUCUCCAUACCACACGCUUCUGUUGUGAUGUAAAAUAAAAAAUUAAAAAAAAAAAUUCCUAUUUAUAUGGAGAAAAACUUUUUCCACAUUAUUUUAUUUAUAAAUUUCUCGUGAUAUAAUGUUAAAUACAAAACGUGGAAUAGGUUUAAUAUGUUCCGCCACACAUCGUCUAUCAAUUUCAAAAUUCUCUUUGCCGCGACAACCUUACAUUCUAUCAAAAUGUGUCCAUGUAACCGGCUAUCAUCAAGCUCGUGGCAAGAAACCUGGACCAAAUAAUGUUUCAGCAUUAUUUAAGCCAGUCUUGGUUCGUCCAACUGACGAUGAGAUAAAUGUUGGAGCUGAACUUGUUGGGAAGCUAGACAAAACAGAUUUAUUAAAUACACUUAAUAAAUUUACACAAAAACGAGAAAUUAAACUUUUGUGUAUUGAAAAUGGAUUAGAUUCUUAUUUACAGCAACAGGCAUUUGCCUCAUUUAGACGAUACUGCAUUGAAGCAGAGAAUCUCCCAGUGGAUUUGCACAUCACAAUUAGUGACAUUUUGCAUGGAGCUGGUCAUAUUGAUGAUAUAUUUCCAUAUUUCUUGCGUCAUGCUAAAACUAUAUUCCCACAUCUUGAUUGCAUGGAUGAUUUGAAGAAGAUAUCGGAUUUGAGAACGCCGGCUAAUUGGUAUCCGAGUGCUAGAGCGAUUACUAGGAAAAUCAUUUUUCAUGCGGGGCCAACUAAUUCGGGAAAGACUUAUCAUGCAAUGGAGAGAUUCCUUACAGCUAAAUCGGGAGUCUAUUGUGGUCCGUUGAAAUUAUUGGCUACGGAAGUAUUCAAUAAAUCAAAUGAGAGAGGAACUCCAUGUGAUCUUGUGACUGGAGAGGAGAGGAAGUUUGGCAUUAAUGAAAACACACCCGCCGCACAUGUAGCAUGCACUGUGGAGAUGACUUCUGUAACGACUCCAUAUGAAGUUGCUGUCAUCGAUGAAAUCCAGCUGCUCAAAGAUCCCCAAAGAGGUUGGGCAUGGACGAGAGCGUUUCUUGGUUUGAUUGCUGACGAGGUACAUGUUUGUGGUGAAGCUGGUUCACUUGAACUUUUGCAAAAAAUUUGCGAAACAACUCACGAAACAGUUGAAGUUAACACAUACAAUCGUCUGACUGAACUAACCAUCGAAGAUUCAGCCUUAGUAACACUUGACAAUGUCCAACCAGGAGAUUGUAUAGUUUGUUUUAAUAAGAACGACAUCUACUCUGUUUCCAGAGAGAUCGAAGCGAGAGGGAAGGAAGUGGCUGUGAUUUAUGGAGGACUCCCUCCAGGAACCAAACUCGCUCAAGCAGCUAAAUUUAAUGAUCCUGAAAAUAGUUGCAAAGUCAUGGUUGCAACAGAUGCUAUUGGAAUGGGAUUGAAUCUAAGCAUUCGUCGAAUAAUUUUCUAUUCAAUUAUAAAACCAACAAUGAAUGAAAAAGGCGAGCGAGAAAUAGAUACAAUUUCUGUGUCACAAGCUUUACAAAUUGCUGGACGAGCUGGUCGAUUUAAAACUCAAUGGGAACAUGGAUAUGUGACCACAUACAAAGCAGAAGAUUUGCCAACAUUGAAAAAUAUCUUAACACAAAGUCCAGAUCCGCUUAAAAAAGCUGGACUUCAUCCAACUGCAGAUCAAAUUGAAUUGUAUGCUUAUCAUUUGCCAAAUUCGACUUUGAGUAAUUUGAUGGACAUCUUUGUGACUCUUUGCACUGUCGAUGAUUCCUUGUACUUUAUGUGCAAUACUGAAGACUUUAAAUUCUUAGCUGAAAUGAUUCAGCAUGUACCUCUGCCGCUGAGGGCUCGUUAUGUCUUUUGCUGUGCUCCAAUUAACAAAAAGAUGGCUUUCGUUUGUUCGAUGUUCCUUAAGAUUGCCAGACAGUACAGUAAAAGUGAACCAAUCUCAUAUGAAUUUAUCGCUCAUCACUGUGGCUGGCCACUAGGCUUGCCAAGAACAAUCUUAGAUCUAGUCCAUUUAGAGUCAGUCUUUGACGUCAUGGAUCUGUAUCUCUGGUUGAGCUAUCGUUUCACUGAUAUGUUCCCAGAUGCAGCUCAAGUCCGAGUAUCACAAAAGGAACUCGAUGAGAUUAUUCAACAGGGCGUGUUCCAAAUUACUCGUCUGCUCAAAAACACAGAAGCCAGUCAACAAGCUGGUGAUAAUGAGCCAUCAUAUCCAGUUAGAAGAUCGACCUCUACCAAAGAACCUCGUAUACCAGCCAGUGCUAGAGGUAGACUGACUGAACGCUUGCUAGCUCAAGGCCUCCUAACUCCUGGCAUGCUGAGUGAGUUGCGCAAAGAAUGGGGCCAACAACAACAACAUAGAGACAGAGGUCAUAGUCCUUCAGAUAGUGAAGAUGAUGAUGAUUCGCCAAGAAAACCUAGGAGAAAGCGGAAAAAGUAGAAAACUCCCAAAACACGAAAACAAUAAAAUUGUUGAACAAAAAAUAACUAUAAAUACCACUAGAA